AUGGGUCUCACCAUUGGAAGCGUUUAUAUUGCCAAAAUUGAUGAGUGGAAUCACUAUGAACAAGAUCGGAAUGCACUUAAGAGAAAAGAAUGGGAGCGGAGAAAUCAAGAAGUCCAGCAGGAUGAAGAUCUCUUUGCCUCUGGCUUUAAUCUCUUUGGGGAACCCUACAAGACUAACAAAGGCGAUGCUCUUGCCAACCGCGUCCAGAACACACUGGGGAGUUAUGAUGAGAUGAAGGACUUUCUGACGAACCAUUCGAACCAGAGUCACCUUGUAGGGAUCCCAAAGAACUCUGUGCCACAAACCCCAGUGGAUAAAAAUGAACAGAGCUUCUUCCCAGAACAAAGAAACCGGAUGAUCCCACCGUCAGCAUCAAUGCCCCCUCCGCCUUCCAUAUCGUCAAAUUCCAGUUUGCUGCAUGGUCACCAGAGCAGCAGGAAAUCCAGGACUGACUGGUCCCGUGGCAGCCACAACUCCAGCAGUGGCCAGGCAAGUCAGUCUGGUAGCCAGCAGAAUAGGACAAAACAUAGUGCCUCUCACGAGCAGUUGCAAGGCAGGUAUGAUGACCUCUACGCCUGCCCAAGUGAGCAGCAUAAAACUGGAGGAGCUGAGGAAGCCAACACGACACCGUCAUCAUCACACUCGAGAAGGCAUAACCAUUCCAAAUCGACGGUGGUGGACCAUUCAUAUAAAGAAAGCAGCCAUUCCAAGUCUCCAGUAGAUCUCGAUUUUCUGGGCCAUGGCCCUGGAUCCCCACUCCCUUCCACCUCUUUGUUGUCUGCAAACGGCAGUCUUUCAACUCAGAACUUUCCUCCAAGCCUUCAUUGUAAGAGUAGCAUGACGCAGCAAAAGCCUACUGCUUACGUUAGGCCAAUGGAUGGCCAGGACCAAGUUCCCAAUGACUCACCAGAACUGAAGCCACCAGUAGAAAUUGAAGGUGUGUAUGGAAACCAACCCUUCGGAUCACUGCUGGAAGGAAAGUCUACUGGACCGGGCUCAAAGAAUAAACUACCAAAGCUUACAAUCCCUCAAGCUAGUGAAGUUAACCUUCCCAAUGAUUCCAACUGUGUGGAGGAGAUAUUACGGGAUUCACAGCAUCUGACCUCAGGAUAUAAUGUACAAAAAUGGAGUGAUCCAGCUGGCAAAGUUGCAACCAAAUCAGUGCCACAGAAAUCAAUGCUUGAAGAUGAUUUGAAACUCAGCAGUGAUGAAGAUGAUAGUGAACAGGUAAUAUUUUUGACAUCUCAUUGUUCUCUCUCAGCUGCUAGUUUUUAUAACGGCCUUCCAUUGACGACAACACAUAACGCCAUCUUAGUACAUUCCAGCGGAGGCUCUGGGAGCUCCAGUGAAUCUGAGAGCAGCUCUGAAUCUGAUUCAGACAGUGAAACCAGCUCCAGUGACAGUGAAUGCAAUGAAGAGUCACGCAGUGGAACUCCAGAGCCUGAACCCCCCUCAGCUAACAAAUGGCAGCUGGAUAAAUGGUUGAACAAAGUCAAUCCCCACAACAAGACCAUUAUCAGCAACCAGCAUGAGAACCACAGUGAGAACAGCUCUCAAUCUCAGAGCAACCCACCGACUGAAGGACAGAACAAAGGGAAGCUGAGCGGCAGCUUGACCCUGACUGAUUCCAAAGACAGGGCACUACGUAGUCCCAUCCGUGAGAAAGCCAAACCCCGGGUUGCCCAGAAAGCUCCAGCAGAAGCAAAAAGCUCAAAGCAGAAAUCACCAGCUCACAAUGAACCCCCCACCCAAAGGACUAUGGGGAAAAAACAACCCAAAAAAGUAGAAAGGACUUCCAGUGCCGAAGACUACAAUUGGCCCAAACCAAAUAAUACCAGCAGCACACCCAAAGAGAAGGAAACGCAAGAGUCCCAAGAUCAGCCAAAAGUUCGCACCAAGGUGACGGCCGGGAAGACUGCUCCAAGGAAGGAACCAAGGACAAGCGUGGGGCCUCCUCCCGAGAAAAAGAAAUACAGAGGCCCCAGCAAAACUGUUCCCAAAUCACGAGAAUUCGUGGAAACAGAUUCGUCCACCUCUGAUUCAAACACUGAUCAGGAAGAGGGCCUGCAGGCAAAGAACUUGCAGGCCUGCAGUGGCCCUGAUAAUAGUAUUAAAGUGAAGGACUCCAGCAGUAACAUCCUCAGCGUAAGUAGCUUAACGAGCAACAGUAGCAAUACCUCCAUUGACCAAAAUGGCAACGAUUUAGAGGAGCAGCUUUUCUCACCUAUCCCAAUUGUGCAGAGUGAACCCCUUUCCCCACUCAAAGAGUUUGAAGAACUCAAAAACCUUUGGGUGAAAAUAGACCUGAGUUUACUCUCUCGGAUCCCUGGACAAGACCCCUUUGAGAGCACAUCUGGGAAAGCAGAACCCCGCGAGGUUAACACGAAGCACAGGCGACAGUCCCGCGAGUCCCCGACACCAGCUGCUGAAAAAUCCUCCACUAAAUCAAAAAGGAAGCACAAGCAGUCUGAGAAUUUGGAUGCAUUUGGGGAAAACAAGAAACAACGCCUGGAGGAGUCGUCUAUGUCUUGUCUGCUUCCGCCCUGCAUCUCUCCAAUACCCAAUCACAGAAUAACCAACACAAAAGACAACAACUCAGUUAAAAAGGUGACUAAGAAGAGAGAAGAGAAGCUGCUGCCCCCACCAUUAUCUCCUUUGCUAGAUGAGACGGCACCCAGACGGAGUGACAGUGGCUCCUUCAGCCAAGAGAACAACCUGGCAAAUCCGUUGCAGGCCAACAGCUGCCCCAAACACAGGAAAAAUGAAAACAAAUCCUCUUCCAACCCAAAGGGAAUCUAUGAGGAAGACUCCCACAGCAGGCCCACAAACACUCUGCUUGACUCCAGCCAUCUAGACAAUGAUAUCUGGUCUGCAGCACCUGCCUUCGCCAAUGGGGAUCCUGAGCCAAGAAGACCUAAAAUCACAUUUGAUGAUAUGCUCCACAAUGCAGAUUACUACAUGCAAGAGGCCAAGAAGCUAAAGCACAAAGCAGAUGCCCUGCUGGAAAAAUUUGGCAAAGCCGUGAAUUAUGCUGAUGCCGCCCUUUCCUUCAUUGAGUGUGGGAAUGCUAUGGAGCGCGAUCCAUUAGAGGCAAAAUCUCCGUACACCAUGUACUCGGAGACUGUGGAACUCAUCAGGUAUGCAAUGAGGCUCAAAAACUUCACAGGCUCUUCUGCUACAGAAGGAGACAAGAAGCUAGCAGUUUUAUGCUACCGAUGCUUAUCUCUUCUCUACCUGAGAAUGUUUAAAUUAAAGAAGGACCAUGCUAUGAAGUACUCCAGAUCGCUGAUGGAAUACUUUAAGCAAAAUUCUUCGAAAGUUUCACAGGCCCCUUCUCCUUGGGGAGGCAAUGGAAAGAGCACAGAAACACCAUCUCCUAUGUCCUUGAGCCCAUCGCCCAUCAGCUCUCUUGGGACUGCCACAGGCACUGCAGGGUCCUCCUCUGCAGGGACCAUCACCAUUCCCCAGCGCAUUCACCACAUGGCUGCCAGCCACGUCAACAUCACCAACAACGUCCUACGGAGCUACGAGCACUGGGACAUGGCCGACAAGCUGACAAAAGAGAACAAAGAGUUCUUCAUAGACCUGGACUCCGUGAUGGGUCCCUUAACACAACACAGCAGUAUGACCAACUUGGUCCGUUAUGUUCGGCAAGGACUCCAUUGGCUUCGCAUUGAAGCACAUUUGUUGUAG